AUGGAACAAAAAGUUGAAGAUUUAUAUUUAGAAAGUUAUGCAUUUACAACGGCUGCUGCUAUAGUAGGAUCUGUGGAUAGGAAGAUAUUUGUAUUAUUAAGAGAUGGAAGAAAUUUAUUUGGAAUAUUAAGAACAUUUGAUCAAUUUGCAAAUUUAGUUUUACAAGAUACUUUUGAAAGAAUAUAUUUAGAUAAAGAAUUUGCUGAGAUAUAUCGAGGAGUUUUUAUGGUAAGAGGAGAGAAUGUUGUAAUGAUGGGAGAAUUAGAUAUAGAUAAAGAAGAUGAUCAUUUGCAACAAUUUAUUCAAAUACCUUUUGAACAAGCUGAAAAAAAUUUGAAAAUUAAACAAGAUUCAACAAUUAAAAAUGAAAGAAUAAGAACAAAAAAAUUAUUUGCAAAAGGUUUAAUUAAUGAUUUUUAUAAAUCAGAUUUAUAUUAA